AUGAAGAACAAUGAAGUUGGAUCUUUACAGGCCAACUCCCUCCUUCUCCUACACACCGAAAAUGAAAGAGAGGACGAUCUCGUUACGGUUAUGAAGCAAAUCGGAUUCGUAGUUGUGGAAGGCUUACCUGGUUAUGUUCAACAGAACAAGAGCUUGUUUGGAAAGUAUCUAUAUACCUGUAAUCCUGAAGGCAUAACAAAACUUUUAAUGAAUAUUUCGGAGAAGAUUGGAAAUAGAAAACUGUCCAAACAGAUCUCUCAAAUAUAUUCGAUGGCUGGAAAAUCUUUGCUUAGAGAGAAGAUCUGUGAAUUCUUUCUCGCAAAGCAACCAACAAAGGGUCUGAUUGAGCUGAUCAAGUCAUUGCCAAUUCACGAAAACACAAAUAGCCAGGAUCUUGUGUCAAUUGAUGAAUGUCAGGAAAUUUGCCCUAACGUGCAAUCAGACUUGGUCCCUUGCAAGACCUUGUUAAAGUACACAGACAGAAGCCAGAAAACGUUUGUUGAAAAACUAGGAGGGCGGUUGAUAACUGAAGAGGAACUUAUUCUGAAAUACCUGUUACCAGAAAUUGAGGCUGGAGAAUCGACUGCUGAUUACAUUGCCAAGUUAAAUUUUGUGGUGACGACUGCUACCUCAGGGCUUUUUAACAACAGCGCUCUCGCGAGUGAGAUCAGGCGCAAAUUAAAAAGCAUAGAUUUUGUAACUGCAGACAGUGGAGAAAGGAGAAAACCGCGUGAACUGUUUGAACCCAGUGAACGCCUUACCAAACUUUUCAAGGGUGAGGUUGGAAGAUUCCCAUCUGAAGAUUUCUCAAUUGAACCAAAGCUGAGCUUAUUGAGAAAGUUGGAUUUAAAAACAGAGAAAUGUGUCACAGCAAAGGACAUAACUGAUUGCAUCAAAAUGGUGGCAGGUUCAAAAGACAUUGGAGUGACAGAAAAACGUAACAAGGCACAAAAUAUCGCUAUACAUCUGAAAGAUCACAUCGAUUUGCUGAAUGAUCGCGAAUUAAAGAGGAUUUUAGAGACCGAGUCCUGGAUUCCAAUUGAAAAGCAAAGACCAAAGCAUUACCCAAGCAGUCUGGAAUGGUUUGCUGAUGCUAGUAAUGCUAACCAAUUUUCGUGUCUUGUUAAGAUGCAUUUUGGGACGGCUUCAAAUUUGCUUGGAAGCGUGAUGCCAAUUAUAAGCAAGGAUUUUGAGACAUUUCAGGUAAUUUUUUCAUCUCUGCAUCGCGAAACAAUAAGUGUUGCCAAAGUUUGCCAGCACCUGUCCUGUGUGAUUCAUGACUAUAAAGAAUCAGAAAAGAAUGAGUUUAUUAUAGUUUUAAAGGAUGUAUACAAAUUUCUGCUACAGAAAGCACAGGAGGCACAGGAGGGGCACCGCAGUGCAUUACUAGAUGCCAUUAAAGAAUAUUUCCCCGAUGCCAAAUGGCUUUGGCACGGUUCAGGUUUCGCAUCUCCGAAACAGAUUGUGCUUCAUGAUAACUUGAAAGACUUGGAUCUGAAGCCAUUUGUCUACAAAUUGCCUAUAGACAUGAAGCCUUUUGAAAAGCUAAUAGAAAUGUUUGGAGGUAUUACAGAGUACUCUGACGAGUUUUUUAUUCAAAUCUUAUCAGAAAUUAAAGAAGAGCACGACAGUAAACGUAGCCCCGAGGAAGCUUCGCGUGACUUGAAUAUAUGCGAACGACUUCUUUCGAUUUUGGCAGAAAGAAAAUUAUCAAGGGAAAAUCUUAAUAGGAUUGUAGUUCCAGUUCACUCAACGGAUGGCAGGCCCUUUAUGCUGGUUGGAAUAGAUCAAGCAGUCUAUAGUUCGAGUAUUCACUAUAAUGACGAUGAAGAUACAAACAAUCUGGAAAAUGUCUUUCAUCUGCAUGACAGAAUCCCAGAGUGGGUUGCACAAAAGCUUCACAUAAAAAGUCUGACUAGUCAACUUAUUGGAGCAGAAGAUCUUGGAAUUUUUGAGGAGUAUGGACAAAGCGAGCCCCUUACACGAAGAAUAAGUAAUAUACUUAAAGACUAUGGUGAUGGCCUUGCUAUUUUCAAGGAACUGAUCCAGAAUGCAGAUGAUGCUAAUGCCACACAAGUUAAACUUCUGUAUGAUGAGAGGCAAAACGAAAAUAUGAGAAGCCAAUUGAUAGACCCAGGAAUGGCAGAUCUCCAGGGAUCGGCUCUUUGGGCUUUUAAUGAUGCCAAGUUCAGUGAAGAGGAUUUUGAUAACAUCGUCAAACUUAGUGGUGCAACUAAAGAAGAUAAAAGAGAUAAGAUUGGUAAAUUUGGGUUAGGCUUCAAUGCGGUGUAUAACAUUACUGACGUCCCAAGUUUUGUCAGUGCCAAUAAGCUGGUUAUCCUAGACCCUCAUACAACUAAUCUUGGGAAAGCUAUUCGGGACAAAUCUAAGCCUGGUGUAAAGAUUCCAUUGGGUCCUAAAAGAAACAGGCUGAGGAGGCUACAAGAUCAGAUUAGAGUCUACGAUGGCGUUUUUGGUAUGGAUGCCAGUCUUGAGUCGAAUUACAGAGAUUUUGAUGGAACAAUAUUUCGAUUUCCGUUGAGAACGAGAAAGCAAGCUGGAGCAAGCGAGAUCAAGAACCUUUGCUAUGACAAGAAUGAAAUGAAAGUUUUAAUACAAAAGUUUGCAUGUGAAGCAAGCAGGUUGCUGAUGUUUACACAAAACGUUUCUCGGGUUCAAUUCUAUCACCUUUCAGAGAAUGCAGCUUCCCCGGACGAAAUGGCGCUGUUAGUGCAGAUUGAAAAAUCUGUGUACAGGCCUGACACUGGGUCGCUUGAAACUUUCCAAGUUAUGAGCAAAUCGUCUGCAAUGGUUAGCAGAAAGCUGCAAGGUGAGCAAAUGGAAGAGUUUCAAAUGGGUCACAAGGUUGAUAUUGUUUGCAGGAUUUCAAAUAAAGCUCGAGAUGAUUUUGAAGUGUCUGCCCAAGAUUCAAAGGAAACCUGGCUCCUACACACUGUCAUAGAUGCGUCGGAUUGUAUGGAUCUAGCUUUUCAGUAUCCCCAGCUAAACCCAGUUUCUACUGUUGCAGUCUGCCUUGACGAGAGUCGCAAAUCUUUCAAGCACCAGUCAGUUAAGGGUUAUUUCUUUUGUUUUUUGCCGCUUCCAAUGCCAAACAGACUCCAUGUUCACAUAAAUGGAACAUUUGCAUUAACGAAAGAUCGCAAGAGCUUUCAGCAAGGUAGCGAGGAUGAUAAGGAAUUAGAUAGUGCUGAGUCGCAUUGGAACAGGCUUUUAAUGUCAGGUCCUGUGCCCUCCGCUUAUGUACAACUGUUGAUUGCCCUUAGUCGUUCUGUCAAAUUAGACACCGAAGAAGAUUGGUACAAAUUGUGGCCAUUUGUUGAGGCAUCUCUGCUGGAUAAAAACUUGCUUAAAGGUUUUUACAGUAAAGCAAUAGAGGAGGACCUGGAAAUAUGGCCAAAAGUUUCUGGGCAGUCUCUUUCCUGGCUAAAUUGGUCAAAGAUUCGGACGUUGGAGAAUAAAGUCAUUGACACUGGUAUAGGACCAGCCAUUGAGAAUGUUUACAAGGUUUUCUGCCCUUCACAGAAAAUUCUGCGAAUCCCUGAGCACAUUGUUGCCGCCAUUAAAGAUGCUGGAUUGAAAGACGCUCUCAAAAAUAUCACCCUCAGCUUCACUGAAUUCUUCACUGUGAGUUUCAUUCCCAAUAUUGGAGACCCAAGGAUGCAACAGGUAGACCGAGACAAGAUAAUUCGCACAGCGUUGCAGUAUUUCAACAGUGGGGAAGUUUUUGAAGCAUUUAAGUCCAACUGUUGCGUGCCUACUGAGCCCAAAGGUAUCCUUAAAAGACCUGCUGAUCUAGUGAAGUCAGAAAGCAAGGCCGCCGCUUUGUAUCGAAUUUCCGAAAAUGUUUUUCCAGCUAAACUCCUACAAGACUACUUAACUUUGCAUCAACUAGAAAAACUAGGAAUGAUAUCAGAUGGCAUAACCAUUGGGCUGUUGGUGAAUCGUGCCAAAACUGUUAACGACCUUGGCCAAGAUGAUUAUAAAGCUGCUGUCAAUAGAGUUCGCACCAUUUUCAAGUUGCUUGCUGAAAUGAAUCUACCUUCAGAUGAAAAUCACCCUGAAACUCUAGAGUGGAAAAAUAUUCCCUUCCUUCCGGUAAAGAGGAAACCAUCUUCAUUUGGCUUCCUUCCUUGGAAAGGCUCCACAAUCACAACAAAAUUUGUCGCGCCACAAAAAGCCUGCAUAGGAGAAUUAGAAAACGUCGUUGGUUGUCAUGAAGUAAUAGCUGAGGAUGGACAUAUCGCUCUCAGAAAUAACGAUAUCAGAAGAUACCUCGGCAUGAAAAUGGAAGUUUCAGUGUCUGCUGUGGCUGAACAAGUCUGUUUGAUUUCACAACACAAACUAAAUAACAGUGAAAGCAAAGCAUCACUGUCUGAAGUCUUCGAAAGCAUCUACCAAUAUCUAUCUCAGAAGCUGAGGAACAACAAUUCAAUCAAGCAACAGUUACAGAAAGAAUUUCACAACAAAUCAGCUAUCUUAACAGAGCAGGGAGAUAUUGUUCGAUCAGAAAAAGUUGCUUUCAAUCAUCAGUUCUCCGCUGAACCCUAUCUUUUCAAACUGCAACCACACUAUGAAGAGUAUUAUCAUCAGCUUAUGGUUGCGUUGGGUGUAAAAGAAGCGUUUACACUACAAAAUUAUGAGAAUGCAUUAAAAGAGCUUAAGGACUACUUUGGAACCAGAAUAAUUUCGUCCAAGCAAGUAAAACUAGUCAGGAAUCUUCUCGAGUCGAUCAGAGACGAAAAUCAAGCGAGCGAACCAAACGCUCUGCAGGCAAAUAUUGUCCUGCCAGAUGAAAAUGGUAUUUUAAGAGAUAAAGAUGCAAUAUUUGUCAAAGAUUCAGUCUGGUUUAAGACAGAUACUCUACUGAGAUACCUUCAUAAAGAUAUUCCUCCAGAUUUAGCCUUGGCUCUUGGAGCAAGAACAGCUCGCUCUAAAUCCAUACUCUCCCAGUCAAGAGGUUUACCCUUUGGCCAACACGAGAAGUUAACAGUGCGACUGAAAAGGAUUCUGGAUGCUUAUCCAUCAAACUUGCAAAUUCUUUACGAGCUAUUGCAAAAUGCAGACGAUGCUGGUGCCAGCACAGUCAAGCUCGUGCUAGACGAGAGAUUUCAUCCUUCUGAUAGUAUAUUUGGGGACAAGUGGAGGCCCUUACAAGGACCAGCACUCGUGAUCUACAAUGAUGCUCCAUUCACUGAACAUGAUAUUCAGGGAAUUCAAAACCUUGGGGAAGGAAGAAAAUCCAACGAUGUACUGAAAACUGGGCAAUAUGGUAUUGGAUUCAAUGUGGUAUACCAUAUAUCUGAUGUUCCUUGUUUGCUUGCAGGUUUAAAGGAUAGAGGUGAAGACGUUCUUUGCAUAUUUGAUCCCCAUGCUAGGUUCUUGGAUGAAUGUUCCGAAGCUGAGCCAGGAAGGAUGUUUGAAAAUGCAAGAGAUUACUUACGGGAUCAUUUUAAAGAUAUAUAUGCUACAUUUUUGCCAGAGGCACUUACAGAAAAGAAAUCGGCCAUAUUUCGCUUGCCUCUUAGGACCAAAGAGAUGGCAAAGAGUUCAGAUUUAAAGAAUGAGCCUACAACAAUAGAAGAAAUACUCAAUAUGUUUGAAUCUUUCAAAAGGGAGGGUUCUGAGGCACUGUUGUUUCUCAAAAAGGUCAGAUCAGUAGAGCUUCAUCGCAUUGAUAGUCAUGGUAAAUCUAGCCGCAUUACCUCAUUCAAGGCAAAACUUUCAUUUCCUUCCGCACAGAAAUUGGAAAAGAUGAAUGCUGAGUGCCUAACUCUUGUGAAGUCAAGAUAUGAUCGAAGUAAUGCCAAGCGAGAUUAUGAGCCAUUUGAAUACAUGGUUGAUCUGCAAUUUGAUGGCAAGAGUGAGGGUAAAUGGAAGAUUAUCCAAAAGUGUGCAUCGGUGAACAGCCAAGAUCUGCCAAAAGAGAUCGAAGAGCAGUACAAAAAUAAAGAGCUCCCUUUAAUUCCUAUUGGUGGAAUAGCUCGUGAAGAACGAGCUAGUGGCAAACGUAAAGAUCCAGGUAAAGAAGAAGCUGGCGACAAACGUAACUCUAUCAGGAAAGUAUAUUGCCUUCUGCCUUUGACAGUAACAAGCAGCCUCCCAGUUCAUAUUAACGGAAAGUUUAUCUUGGACUACGAAUCUCGAAGGCGAUUAUGGUACACCAAUGGCGAUGGCUAUCAAACAAGUUGGAACUACUACAUCAUAGAUAAUUGUGUAUUGCCAUCCUAUGUUCAGCUCAUUCGCUCUGAUGUCAACCAUCUGAGAAUAAUAUUUCUGCCUGAACAGCUCAGUUUCGAGAAGGGUUUUGAAACUAAAAUCUUCAGUGAUAAACCAUUCCAUCCACGUGAAAUAUAUCGGUAUUUCCACCUUUUCCCUAAAAUCAAUAGUAACAAAGAGGCACAUGAGUAUGACAAAGAGCUCAUUGUCCGUUUUUACAAACAACUGAAAGAAGAUGAAAUAGACUGCUUACCCGCACUCAAGUAUGACAACACCCUUGAGUCUCCUGGCUUGGACUUCUACCCGCCGUGUUCAGAAUCAAAGAAGUUCUACAUUCCAUCUUUUAAAAAUUCACUUUUUUCCGAUGAAAAAGCCAAAUCCGCCUUUUGCAUUGCACUAGCAAAGUGUGGCUUAAACAUAUAUAGUGUACCAGAACAUAUUGUGAGAGGCUUUGAUGAAUCUGAAGUACCGCUGGAGCGUCUUAGUCCUGCGAUUGUUGCAGAAUAUUUGAAAGAGAACGCAGAUUCUGUUCUAUCCGGUAAAGAUGCAAUUCUGUUGACAAAAUCACCUUUUGCAGAUUUGAAAACAGUAAGGAAUUUGUUGCGCUACUGCCAAAUUAACGAAGACCUUAAUAAGAAGGUGGAUGAAAAGCAAAUGAACGAAAAACUUGACUUAGAAGGAUUACCAUUGUUAGUAACUGAAGACAACAUGCUGCGAGUAUUUGAUAGCAAGAAGUUCGUGUAUUACGAUUAUUUGUCUACUUUGUGCCCAAAGAGAGAACGGAGCACACUUCACAUUAAACUGAAAGAUGUUUUGGAAAAAUACAAGGACAACGUGGGAGGCCCAGUAAGAAGACUGACUCUAGAGAGUCUUGAACAGGCACUGAAAGAAGAUUCUGAGCCUUGGUUGAGAGAGAUGGAAGAGAUCGACAUUACAGAACAAAAUGUACAUGAAAUGUUCCCAACAAAGAGUUGGUUGAGAGAUAUUUGGAUUUUUUUGGAAAGGGAGUAUGGACAAUUGAAGAAAAACCUUGAACAAGCCAAUAACCAAGCCUUGAACAAGCCAGCGUCAAAAACUGAUGACAGUCCAAGAAUAUUGUUAAGAGGAAUGCUGCACUGGUGUAUCUUUCCAAUCAGACGACAAACCGGCAUGCUUCAAAAGCCUUCAAAGUAUUACCUGACAAAGAUUAGCCUGGCUUGUUUUGCUAUAGACCCUGCUGGCGAGGUCGUUGACAUCGUAAAAGAAAUUGGAUUAGCAGAACCCUACCCCGAACCUCUGUUGACGCAAGGUGAAAAGGAAAUGCGGUUGUCUCCCUCAAAUAUUAGAGGCGUAAUCAACCUAAUUCGGAAAUUUGCUGCUAAUAAGAAUGACCCUUGCGCAUUUAUUGAUGCUUUGGUGCAUGACAAGAAAAGAUCUGACUCCAGGUUUACUUGCUUGUCCAAAGAUUGUGCCUGGAAUCUUCUUCAUUACUUUCAACGUCGAAUUAGUGAAAAGAAAAAGGACCUGAAAUGUGGGUUUUCUCAAUUGCAGCGCUUGCCAGUUUGGGAGGAUUUGGGAGGAAAACUCAAAGCAUUAUCAGAAGCUUAUCGUUGGUAUUUUGUUUCUGAUGAGAUUCCGAAGGCUGGAAUCUCGAAAUUGCAAGAUUUAUCAAAUAUAUUGCUCUUAAAGGAAGAUGGUUACUUACAAUCUCUAUAUUCCUUCAUUGACAUCAAAGGUAGCCAAGCUGAUGACGUAUACUGUAAAGUGAUUCUUCCAGCAUUCAACUCGUUCACGGCUGAAGAACGGAUGAAACAUCUUACCUUUCUUAAAGACAAGUGGACAUGGAAUGACCAAUAUCAUCCUUCAAUUUUUUCUACGCUACGUUCGAUAGGAUGCUUUGAAAGAGACGGAAGUCUCCUACCCACAUCAAGUUUUUUCGAUCCGGAAGUGAAAUUGUUCAAAUUGAUGCUGGAAGAUAAAGAUUUUCCACCAAAAUCUUGUUGCAGUGAACGUUGGCUGAAAUUCCUCAAAAUGCUUGGUCUUAUCUCCAAGGUAUCACAAUCACACUUUUGUGAAUUCGCUGAAAAAGUAUCUAACAUAUCUGACAAAUCUGAUGCAAAAGAAAAGGCAGAGUGUCUUAUUGAAUACUUCCGUAGCUCUGAUGAUCUAAAAAGAAAUGUCAAUUUUCAUAGACAAGUUAGUGUGAUACCUUUUAUGCUCUCUGAUCCCAUUCCGAAGAUGCUCUUGGAAAUCAAGACUCCAGAAAAUGUUCAAGAACGUCUCUCUUUUCAAGGCUCUAUAGAGUAUGAUCACUUUGUUGACAAUUGCAAGCUCGCUUGGACAGUAACAAAGAUUCUCCCAAGCUAUACAAAAACUUCUUUCAUUGAUACUGAAUUACCAUUAGAACAGCUCGGUGUAAAAAAAAUGAGCUGCAGCAUCGUUGCCGAGAAUCUUGCCAACGUCAGUAGAUCUGAUUUGCUGACGCCGAAAAGAAAGGGUGUCAAGUGUUAUGACGCAAAGUAUAAGCAGCAUUUCAGAUCGGUUUUUGACUCGUCUUAUGAAUUUUUAAAUAACGACAUUGACAAAAUUGACGAACAGACAUGUGCUAGGCUUGCUGCGAUUCCACUUGUGUUGACUAAAAGCAACAUGAUAUCCAUUUCAAGUAAGGUUACUCUGAAGCCUGGCUGGGACCACCCCCCAUACAUAUUUUCGAUACCAAUCGAAUUAGAAAAGUAUGCGGGGCUUUUCAAGAAAAUCGUAAUGUCUGCCGAGCCAACUGUUGAGCAACUAGCUAGAGUACUGGAAGAUUUAGAGUCUUGCUGCCAUGGAAAAGAUUUGGGUCCAAACGAAGCUAGAAUUGUCAAGCAAUGCCUUCCACAAAUUUUUCUUAAGCUCGAAAAAGAAGAUUUUCCAGAUAGCGUUACAAAGCUUUAUCUGCCGGGGAGUUUUGGUCAAAACUGUAAGACCAUCCGACUUUUCGAGUCUCAAGACCUUGUCUUUUUUGAUGACCAUCACCUUGAAGAUCGGCUAAGAAGUUUUAAAAAGCCCCGUAUGCAGCUCAAUUUAGAAGCUACUGAAGAGCGCCAGUUUGUAGAAAGACUGCCAGAAAGCAUAAAACCUAAGAAACUCAGCCAACUGAUAGAAGAAAGGAUGCUACCCUCUGAAAAAUUGCCAAACGAGGGAUUUGCAAAGGAAUUGGAGGAGCGCUUUAAUAGCGAAGAAGUAGUUUCGUGCAUUCUACGCCUUCUGCAACACCAACUGACCGACGAUCAAGAAGUCACAAGCCAAGCAGAAAAACCUCAUGAGUUAUUGGCAAAUGUAAGUGUUGUUAGCAAAAGAGAGAUCAAAACUGCUUUGUAUUCCCUAGCUGGCAGCAUCAUCGAAGGAAGCAUCAAGAGUCGUGAUAUCUACAUUGAGAUUUCGGAUGACAGCUUGGUAAUUAACUUGGCUGCUGUUGCAGGAGAACCCGAUGUUUCUGAAGUAGCUAGUGCAGUCAUAGAAUACUUUAGCACGCUUCUAACCAGCGCCUCGCUGGCGGUUUUUUUGGUUCCUAUUCUUACAAAACCGAUUGGAGAACUGCAUGAAUAUCUCGAUAAACAGAGAAUACGAAAUGAUGGCUCUUAUAAAAGCUAUAUAAAAGCACCCUACACUAAAGGAGAUCUUGUCCCAGUUGUUCUACACUGCCUUCUGAACAAUGACAUUGCAAUUUUUGAAGUUGGUGAAUACGUCGCAUUUGAAGUCGAGGAUCCGGCGAUGGAGGACAAGAAUGGAGACCCAAGUUAUAUGUACGCAGUCAUCGAGGAAGUGUUGCCAGGCGAUUUCUACAAAAUCGAUUUAGGCUGUGGGGAGUCCAAGACUGCCCAUAAAACAGAGCUCUAUAAAUUCUUACGAGAGGUUGAUUUUCAGGAUGUGGAUGAAUCACCAACGAAAGAAGAAAUCAUUAAGGCGAUUGCCCAAGAGUUAAAGAGUGCUUUUGAACGCGGCGAAACCUAUGCUAAGGGAGUUAUAAAGCGCUUAUGGUUGAUUUGGCACCCCGAUAAAAAUCCUGGACGGGAAGAGCUUUGCACAGAAAUAUUUCAAUUUAUACAACAGGAAUCCGGCCGUUUGUGUAGAGCCGAUGUGGUGACAACCUUCUGGAGAAGCUCAUUCAAUAGGUAUCGAACAAGAGGUAGCAUGUUUGCUAGGAGCAGAAGACAAAGAGCUGAUAAUUUUACACGCAGAGGAGACUGGUGGGUGCCGAGACAUGAUGCAGAAAACCCACAGCCUUAUCAAGCAAAGAGAUGGUAUCGUCAAGCCAAGUACGAUUACCAAGCCGCAAAGAGAGUUGUUGAGGACCAUUGCGAAUGGAUUUGCUUUAAAUGUCAUCAGGCAGCAGAAAAAGCUUUGAAAGCUGCCGCAUACAUGAAAAAUUGCGAAAGUAUAAUUCAUCAUUCCCUUCGGAGAAUUGCUUUGUUGAGCGGAAAAAACACCUUGGAGAUAGCUGCUUCUAGGUUGGAGAGUUUACUGAAGAGUUCUACUGCUAUGCGAUACCCUGAUCAAUGGAUGUAUCCUGACAUACCACAUGACAAAUAUGACAGUCAGAUGGCAAAAGAAGCUAUCGAGAUCACAGGAGAAAUCUUGGACGAGGUGGACACAAUCGUCAACCAAGAUCUGUUUUAUUGAACGAAAUAUUCGCUUUAAGUUUUGCGUAUUUAGAUGUUAUUGUUAAUUUAAGCAACAAAGCACACGAUUGAGAUUGCUACUUGUUCCCCGUUGUUGUAUUUAACUUCAUUGGCUACGAUGGUCCAGUUCAAAUACUGAUUUUCCUGCAAUUCUGAUUCCUGAAGAUUGACUUCUAGCUAUUUUUCAUCACAAAAUAUAGAAACCUCAAACUGGUAUAUUUGCAUUACAUGGUAUAUUUGCAGAAUGGAAAUAUUCCUUUCUACUACAGCAAAGAUACCUCACCUGUAGCUCCCAUCAUCCCUCCCAUUUAAAAGGCAGCUCCUGAAGCUAUUCAGAACAAGUAACUAGCAUGGCUGGGAUGCACCUAAAGCUAUUGAGUUUCAAAAGGUUCAUUUUGGGAAAACCAAGCUAGCAAUAUUGGACCUUUUCGUCUAAUUAAUAGUCGACCAUUGUAUUAAUAUGAUGUAGCCAUAAAGCUUAAAAGAUUUCGAGUAAUAUGAUCGAGUAUUUUUCAGUUUCAUGUUAUGAGUUUUGACUGUUUAAAUUUCAUUACUUACACAGGUGAUAAUAUAGUUUGAAUGUAGUAUAGAGAGAUGUUGCAAAUAAGCAAGCUUGCAUAAAGAACCUUUGUCAUUUCCCUGAAGAAAGCACGAUUUUGCAGUCAGUUGCUUUGCGCCCGCUGUUGAUAAAAAUUAAGCCAAAUAUUGAUUGAACCUUGCCUUUUUGUUCCAAUGAACCUCAUUCUUAUAUGAUUUGGAUGGGUACCUCGACGUAGCCCCCGAUUUAUUCCCUCUAAUUUGUUUAUUGUUAUUCAUGUCCGCAUGGAAAUAUUUGGCUACUUAAUGCUAGCAACAUGACGAAGAACGCAACUAUACAUGAACUGUAAGGAGUGAACAUAGAAAUAUAGAAGAAAGCGUCACUCAGAUACCAAUGUAAAUCGCCCUUGAAACUAUCAUCUCCCUCAAGUAACAUAAUUGGUGUUUGCAUCUUAGUUUUUAGUUUUAAGACUUUCAUGAUUAUAUAUUACGUAAUCAGUAUCAUUUCAUUUUUCCUCUUUAUACCAUAUCUAUGAAAGGUAAAAGUGCUCUGGAAGCAUUCCUAUAUAAUAAUGUUCCAUUUCGAUUACGACGUAA